CAGCACCGACCUUCCUUGCCUUCCUGUUCCGGUCCGGUUGGUCACUUCGCCGCGCCACUUUUGUAUAACCAGCAACAAUCAGCUAGGGCCAGCAGGAACAACGCGAGAGAUUGAGAGAGAGCCAGCGCAGGCGCCAAGGGAGAGCGAGAGAGCAUCAACAGCAAAUCAACGCAUUCCCGAACACCCUACCAGAAGCGGCCAUACGAUCUGCUUUCUUCGCGAGGGGAAAAGCAUUGGAAAGUGGCUCAACAGCCGCGGCAGUCGCAGCAGCACGAACGGCAAGGGCUUGCUAAAGCCAAUAUGACAGAUGUCCAUGUACAACGGCGUUGUGGUGGUGGUGGCCGCCUCGCGUUAUCAUGCGCCGUUCUUCGCGCGAAGGAUGGGGCCGGGCCUGGCGUGUCGAAAGCGCUGGGUCUCUUGUGUCUCCUGGCGGCAUCGAUCGUGCCCUCGGCCGGCCAGCAAAUGGACCCCGCGCAGAUGCAACGCCAGAUCCAGCAGCAAAUGGGGGGCUCCCCGGGUGGCGGAGGCGGCGCCCCACCGCCGAACAGGAUAACCCACAUGCUGUCCGCUGUCGGGGCCGGCGGUGCUUCCGCCGCUCACUAUGCCCGGGCACACCCGCGGGCAGCGGUGGCGGCGACGGCGGGCGCGGCGACUGCGUUGUGGGUGGGCAAGGAGACGAGAAGAUCGGGGGUGCUUGUGUGCAGCAGCCCUCGCAUCAGCUUGUUUCGGCCGUCGGAUGCCUACCUCUCCUGGGUGCUGGAAUCGGCCGCCGAAGCUCCCGUGGCCUCCCCUCUUCGCGGCGUGAUCUUGUCGCCACUGCAAGACCCUCAGGGGGAAGAGGAGCAGGAGGAAGGGCAACGGGAUAGCAGUGCUAGUAGCCCGUCUGCCGAGGGAGGGUCUAGGAAGAGACGGAACUCGGGGAGAAGGCGUGUUGGGGGCAGCAGCAGCAGCAGCAGCAGGGCAGAAUUGGGGAUCCAAUCCCUACGGUCGGGAAGAGACGCGAGGAAGCUGAUACGGCAGUAUCGCACGUGCGGGAUGGGAGAGGAGAGGUUGGCGAGAAUUGUAUGGGAGGCGAAGUGGGCAAACAACAAGAGCGGUAGACAACCCACGGAGUGGGUCAAGGUUGUAGAGGACGUAUGGAAGGGGCUCGACAUCGACGAAGAUGAAACGCUGGAAACGGAGGGUCUACAGGGGUUCAAGGAGAAGAUAUCUGUUGCUUGUGCCGAGAGAGAACAGAAUCUAAGGAAAGAAUCCAAGGAUAAGGAGGGUCUAGAAGUGUACGGAAUGUUGAAGGAAGGAAUAGGGUUCAAGGACUACCUACAUGGACCAAUGGAUGCAGGAACAAAGCUUAAGGUCAAAUUCAGGACCGGGGACAUAGGCCUUCGAGAACGUCGACGAAGACAUAGGACGGUAGACGAGGAAGACGACGAGUUCAAAUGUGAUUGCGGCUUCGAAUGCGAAGACCGUGUUCAUGUAGUCGCGGAAUGUCCGUUGUACAAGAAGGAGAGGGAAGUGUACGUGACUGAGCUGGGAAAAAUAGAUGGAACGUACAGGGAGAUGUUUGAGGCAUGGAAUAGAGAGGAAAGGACGGUAGCUGUACUGGGGCAUAGGAGGUGGGUUGAAAAGGCGGGAAGGGAUAUCGUUAGGAUAGACAGACUAGGGAAGACAUUUUUGAGCCACCUUUGGCAAAGUAGAAAGGAACGAUUGGCCAUCGGUGAUCGGUCCUGUGGGAACAAUGCUCCGUCCUCUCGAGGACGCGUGGUCAAUGGUCUAACCGCUAAGGCAUGCAAAACAUAA